UGCCUCAGCUUCCUGUGUAGUGGGAUUUCAGGCAGGAGUCAGCCAAGUUGGCUUGGGAAGAACAUGAUUUCAUGAGGAGCAAGUGUUCAGUCACUUCCAAGGGGAUCAAAGGAAUUAUUAAGAUUAAAGUGGGGCUUGAGGAUGAACAAUAAUCCAGGGAGAAGGGAAUAUAUGGUAUCCCUUGAGCUAAUGACUACGUCCAUUCACUUCCGUGUUGGUGGUCAGAAGUCAAGUUAAAUCAGGACUUUAGGGAGACAAAUAAACCAGGGAUGCCAGUUGUCUUUGGCAGGGCACAGGACGAAGUAACAGAACAGAGAGUUGUGAUUGUGGAUGAAGAUGUAGGAGCACCUGCCUGUGCCUCAAAGUGUGUGUGUGUGUCUGUGUGUGAUGUGUGUCUCUGUGUGAGUGUGUCUGUGUGUAUGCAUGUGUGUGCGCAUGUGUGUGCUCAUGUAUGUGUAUACAUGUGUGAAUGGGUGAAUGUGUCUGUUUUGUGUGAAUGUGUGUGAGUGUGUCUGUGUGUUUACAUGUGUGUGUUCAUGUGUGUGUGUAUUCAUGUGUGUGACUAUGUAAAGGUGUCUGUUUGUGUCUGAAUGUGUGUGUCUAUAUAUGUGUCUGUGUGUUGGCAUGUAUGUGCAUAUGUGUGACUUGAGUGUGCAUGUAUGUGUAUGGGUUUGUUCAUUUGUGUGUCUGUGUGUAUGCAUGUGUAUGUGUCUUAGUGUACAUGUGUGUGAGUCUGUAGGUGAGUGUGUCUGCAUGUGUUUGUGCAUGUGUGUGUAUGCAUGUGUGUGACUGUGUUUUAUAUGUGUUUGUACAUGUGUGUGUACAUGGGAUUGCAUGUGUGUGUUAUUGCAUGUCUCUGUGUGUGUGUCUGUGUGUGUGCAUGUGUAUGUGUCUCUGUGUGUUUAUUUGUGUGUGUCUCUGUGUCUGUGUGACUAUGUUAGAAGCCAUGUGUGGUGAUGAGCAGGGAAAGUCAUGAUUUGGCUUCCAUGGUGCUUGAGCGAACAGGUUGUUAGGAGAAGGUGAAGUGUGAGAGAGACCUGUAUGAUGGAGAGUCUGAGUGACCAGGUAAAAUGAAGGGUAAGUCAAAGACCAUUGUAAAAAGAAGGGAGGGAAAAUUGGUCCCAGUCAUGAGCAGGAUGGAGGACAGGAAGAAUCUAGGCACCAGAGACAGAAUUAUCUGGUGGCAGUAUAAGUGCACUGGUGGGUAGGAAUUCUGGCAGCCAUUUUGGUGACCUGCCCUAACUGUAGAGCCAUGGAACAUGGAACUUGACUAAUGUUCUGUUUCCUACUGGACUCCUGAGUAACUGAGAUCACCAAAGAGGGGGUAAAACUUGGUCCCAGAGGACGUGUAGUUUGCUCUGACCGUGCCUUGCCAUAGGAUCAGAAGAAACUGGGAGUGUAACAGGUUUGUGCCUCUUCCAGCUGUGUAAAUACACUGUCUCAGGAGUGUACUACCUCUAGGGAGAGGUCAGGCCUCCACCUGUAUGUGUGACUAACUUGACUCCUUCAAUCCCCUACUUCAGGGACUCUAGUGGGGUCUUGUCUGCCGUGAGUUCUGUGAAGAACAUAGAAUACAUAGAGAAAGUGGAAUCUCACUUGAGGCUAUGGCUACUAAUGGCAACUCUCACGUGAAUGUUAAGCAGGGUCUCGCCAAACCAGGAACCAUGGAUGGGCAGCAGGGCAAUGUUCAGCAGCCUGAAGCCCUGCCUCACACAGUUGUGCAGCAGGACAUCUCCCAGGUGCCUCUGUUGCUACACUGGCCCACAGUAAUUGUACCUCUGAACUAUGUUCCAGCGAAUUUGAAUCCUCAUAUGACCAUUACUUUCUCAUGGAAUCCCAGCCAGCCGGUGACUAUACCUUGUGUGACCUCUAACAUGAUCUUGGACCCCUGCAUCUGCAGUAUCCCGCUUGUAGUGCCGUCACACGACGUGGGCCCUGACAAUGCCGACCAGACCAAUGAUGUCAUCUCCACCCAGACCAAUGAUGUCGCCAACCAGCAGGGUCUUGAAGUCAACACCCAACUGCCAGGUCCUGAUGGGGAGUGAAGACUAAAGCUGUCCUGCCUCCCGAUGUCACCACCUCAGCCUACACACUCUGCUUCACCCAGUGACACCGGAACAUCUUGAUAGCACCCCACUCUCGCCCUAAGUGAGAUUCAAAGCUGGGCUGCCACAGACUUCCUGUCAUUGACUGAAAAUACAACAUAGUUCCUGUCCAAACUCAUUAUUUAUCUUAGGCCUUUAAGCAUUUUGUGGGCUUUCAAACUACUAUCUUGAGGUAGGAAAAUGAUUUAUCUGUGGUUGUAGGCUCUGGAUCUGGCAUCUUUUUGUUUUUUAAGUUGAUUGUUUUAUUUGAAGCACCUGAAUUUGUUGUAAUAAGAGUGGCGGGGCUGCGUCCCCAGCACCCGACCGCCCGCAUGGCUAGCUUAUGCCCCGAAAUAAUUACACGGAAACUGUAUUCUUUUAAUCACUGCCUGGCCCAUUAGUUCCAACCUCUUAUUGGCUAGCUCUUACAUAUUGAUCUAACCCAUUUCUAAUAUUCUGUGUAGUACCACGAGCUGGCUUACCAGGGAAGAUCUUAACCUGCGUCUGUCUGGAGUGGGAGAAUCAUGGCGACUCCUUCACUCGGCUUCUUUCUCCCAGCAUUCUGUCUGUUUACUCCGCCUACCUAAUUUUCUGUCCUAUUAAAGGGGCCAAGGCAGUUUCUUUAUUACUUAACCAAUGAAACAACAAAUAGAAAGAUGACCCACCUCCAUCAUUUCCCCUUUUUCUGUUUAAGCAAAAAAUGGCUUUCACUUUAACAUGGUAAGAUUACAUAUAGCAAAACAGUUAUCAAGCAAGAAUUACAGUUAUAAUAUUUAUAUCUAUUUUAUCACAACUAAGGAAAACUAUAACUAUCUAUCCAUUCUUCAACUCCAUCAAAGACUCCAGAAGGAUAUAAUAUUACCUAAGCAAACAAGAGAUCCAAAACUCUAGAAAUGACAGAGACAUCUCACUGCCUGGACAGUCACCCAAAGUUCUUUUGUACUGUUGGGGCAUCCAUCUUCAACCUUCAGGCCCAUAGUAUCCAGCAGACAUUUUCAUCAAGCAGGAAAUUCCAAAGACAGUUCAGUCACUUUUUGCUGUGUCCUGCAGAAUGUCUUGAAGACUCUUUCAUGAGUCAGGAACCCCGAAAAUCCAUCUCACCUUUAGGCAAGUUCAGCAGUUCUUUUUCUGCAGGUUCUUUGUGUCCAGUUUAUGCAACAGUCCAGGCAUGAGCAGUUUCAUGCCCAAAUGGCUAUCAAACUCCAUAAGGAGCCUCUUCGGUGCCCAUCUUCCUCUUGAAGUAGAUUGGUGGUGCCAGGAGCAGAGUGUCUCAUUGUCAUGAAAAGCCCUAAGUUAUUAAAACAUUAAAUGCCAUAUUCUGUAGCCUUUGAAAGAUAUGAAGAAUGCCUAUCUGAAAUAUAUCUAUGCACAUCUAGAAAAUCUAACUAACAUGACUACAAGCUUGACAAUUAUCGAUGAUUAUCCAUUAACAACCUAUAUACAUUACAUUUUUUAAUGAACUAUACAAUCACAAUACCUUAAUCAAGAUUAGAAAUAUGCAUACACAUAUAACAAAAUUGACCUUCAAAUCCACACCAAUGCAAAUUAUUCAUAUCUAUAUCAUAUCCCCCUUUAAAUGUAAAAGAACAUUUAUAAACAAUAUUUGGGAACAUGGGCGCAGUUUUUUCUCUCCAAACUGCUUCCUGCUGUAUUGGGGCGCUGUUAACUAGGUCUUUCAUGGUAUAACCUGUGUGUCAGGGUCAUCUCAGUCGGCAGUUGAAUGAAGUAAUUUUCUGAAGGUGUUCACAGCAACCUUUCAGGAGGGCGUGGUCUAUCAUACCAUAUCGGGAUAGACGCAAUCCACAGAGUCUCAUCCUCUGUGAAAACAAAAGAAGACCCUCUCCAAAGCAUCAUAUCCUUAGACCCAUAUUCUGAAAUCAUAAUACCCUUAUAUCCAUUCUGGUUUAGCUUGGCAGCCCAUAUAAUGAAAUGUCUCUCUGCACUUAGCUCCUUUACAGUCAAAAAUUUUAAAGAAAACACAAUAAUACAAAGAAUCCAGACUCUCUGUGAAUUUUCCAUUUUUACGUGGCUUAUUUUUCUUUAUUUCUUUUAAUCUAUAACUAUCUGUACUCUGUCUCUUUAAAGACUUUACCCUUUUUUAAGACAUUAACUUUAUUCUUUAUAUAUAUUUUUUCUCUCUCUCAAGCCUUCGUACAUUCAUCCAACAGUGUCUGAAUCAGUUCUAUUGUGAAUCUGUAAUUUUUUUACUAUCCAGGAGCACUUUGUUUUGCGCUUUUAAAUCGCUAAGCACUUAAGAAUCUAAGCUGUGUCAUUCCUAGGUCAAAAACAGGUACUGCCAGCUUGCCCCGCCCAGUCCAACAUGGCAGAGCUGCUCGUGCCUCUGAUUCUUGCACAUUGCACCAGUAGCAUGGUGGAGCUGCUUGUGCCUCUGAGCCGCAGCACAAAAUGACUUCCUUUUAGGCACACAGUGAGUCUAGUUGCCAUCAAACAAAUCGUAGCACUUUACUCCAAAUGCUCCAUUCAAAAGCUCUGUCUCCUGCAGGAGCCAGACAGAGAUCGCGAUGGCGGCACAGCCCAGAAAGCCGGCAUUUUAAAACAGCCAGUUUUUUCCUGUUGCUGAGUCAGGACAAUUUCUUUGCGGCACGCAACCCACAAACAGCAAAAAGCUGUCUUAAAUUCUCUCUGUGUCCUUUUUAAGCUCUCUCAGGUUUUACGUGGAGUUCAUUAGCACGCUGGGCGCCACUCUGUUGUAAUAGGAUCGGCGGGGCUGCGUCCCCAGCACCCGACCGCCCGCAUAGCUAGCUUAUGCCCCGAAAUAAUUACACGGAAACUGUAUUCUUUUAAUCACUGCCUGGCCCAUUAGUUCCAACCUCUUAUUGGCUAGCUCUUACAUAUUGAUCUAACCCAUUUCUAAUAUUCUGUGUAGUACCACAAGCUGGCUUACCAGGGAAGAUCUUAACCUGCGUCUGUCUGGAGUGGGAGAAUCAUGGCGACUCCUUCACUCGGCUUCUUUCUCCCAGCAUUCUGUCUGUUUACUCCGCCUACCUAAUUUUCUGUCCUAUUAAAGGGGCCAAGGCAGUUUCUUUAUUACUUAACCAAUGAAACAACAAAUAGAAAGAUGACCCACCUCCAUCAUGAAUUUUGCAGUGUGUCAUAAAAUCUGCACUGUGCUGGGCAUUAUCAACACUCUGUUCACAAGAUUCAGAGUCCUUAACUUGGCAGCCCUUUUUGUGUCUUCAUCGUUUGCAUAUGCGAAUAAUUCUAAUGUAGACAUGUCUUUGGAUAUGUCAAGGUUUUUCAACUGGGUUGAGUAACCUGUGU